AAAGCUCUAGAAAGACUGAAAGAAAGAGAAGAGAGAAAGAGCAGGGCUUUCUCUAUUAACGCUCUGUUUUUGUUGAGGCAAAGGAUUCCAUAUACAAAAAUAACAAUCAAAAAGCUUGGCUGCAUUGUCCAAGAACCCUAGCCUAGUUCUACUCACCAAAACAAACACCCCCGUAGUUUUGAGUACUCUCUGAGAUGCCAGAGAAGCAGGGAGCUAUGAGUUGGCCUUCAUCGUCGAAACCAAGCCCUCCUGUGCUUCAAUGGCGACUUGGGUUGGUUACGGCUCUGGUUCUUGUGGGAAUGGUGUUGAUUUGGAACCUGGAUGCAACAACUGUCAAGGACUUGGUUGAGGCCACCAAGUCUCAGCAGGGCUAUUUGACUACAAAGGUUGGUGCUUUUUCUAAUAAUAUUGCUCAGAAUCAUGAGAAUUUGGAAGCUAGGACUGCUCACAUUGUAGUUAAUCAGACCCAGAAAGGAACCAACUUGACCCAGUUGAAUACCCAGACGGGCUCUCAGAACCCUGUGAAUGAAACCCAGAAUGGGUCAGUGUCUGAUCAGAAUUUAACUGGGGUUUCUGUGGUUCCUCAGAACCCUAUGAUUGAAACCCAGAAUGGGCCAGUUUCUGAUCAGAAUUCAACUGUGGUUUCUGUGGUUCCUGCUAGUUUGAACUGGGUUAGUGCUUAUAUAGAGCCUAAUGUGACUAAGAGUCUUUUAGCUAAGUGGUUAGCUCCUGGAGGAGAGCCUUGUAGAGUUACAAAGACUGUUGAGAUUGCAAUUCCUGGUUUGGAUAGUAAGGAUCUGAUUGAGUUGUCUGCUGGUGAAGUCUAUGAGUUUGGGUUUCAGGCUUUGGAUGAGACUAAGCAGCCUAGGUGUUUAGGUGGGGAUUACUUUGAGACUGAUCUUUCUGGGGAGUCAUGGAAAUCUAGGCCUGUUGUGAAAGAUUUUGGGAAUGGAUCGUAUUCUGUUUCGCUUCAAGUUCAUCCAGACUUUAUGGGAGAUUAUAAUCUUACUAUAAUCCUACUGUUUAGGCAUUUUGAGGGUCUUAAGUUCUCUCCUAGUCGGUUUGCAUUUGAUAGGGAGUUGCGGAGAAUUCCAAUCAGGUUUUACAAGGGCUCGGCUCAAAUACCAGAGCUACAAGUUUGCAAAGAGUCUGAUUUUGGAAGAGAUGUUUGGACUGGAAGGUGGACUAGGCACGGUAAAAAUGAUGAGUGUGAGAUUAGUCAUGAUGGCCGAUACAGAUGCUUAUCACCAAGUUUUCCUUGCCAGAGUCCUUGGUGUGAUGGUUCAUUGGGGGCUUUGGAGAGUAAUGGUUGGGUUUACUCCACACAUUGUUCGUUCAGAUUAUUUUCAGCUGAUUCUGCUUGGAAGUGCUUGAACAACCGGUGGCUUUUCUUCUGGGGUGAUUCCAAUCAUGUUGAUUCGAUACGAAACAUUCUCAACUUUAUCUUGGAUAUGCCUGACGUAAAGUCAGUUCCUAGACGGUUCGAUAUGGUCUUUACAAACCCAAAAGACCCUUCACAGAAUAUUCGAAUUACAAGCCUUUUCAAUGGUCAUUGGAAUGAAACACAGAAUUACCAGGGUUUGAAUUCCUUGAAAGAUGAAGGAUUCAGGAAUUUAAUCAAGAAGUACUUCUCAGAGGACAGAGUUCCAGAUACUAUAAUCAUGAAUUCAGGCUUACAUGAUGGUAUAUAUUGGUCCAACAUAAGAUCUUUUUCUGUGGGGGCGAGCUAUGCAACAUCAUUUUGGGUGGAAAUUAUGGAAUCAAUUAGGCAGAGAGGUUUGGUGGUGCCAAAAGUCUUUUACCGGACCACAAUAGCCACUGGUGGGUAUGCGCGAACUAUGGCAUUUAAUCCUAAUAAGAUGGAGGCAUUCAAUUGGAUACUGGUCGAGAAGUUGAAGCAAGCUGGUAUUCUGUCUGGUGUGAUUGACAAUUUUGACAUGACCUUCCCAUGGCAUUUUGAUAAUCGUUGCAAUGAUGGAGUGCACUACGGCCGAGCUCCUGCGAAGGCAAAGUGGAGGGAUGGCCUCAUAGGACACCAGUAUUUUGUGGACCUAAUGCUGGAUCAUAUACUGCUGAAUGUACUAUGCGCAACCAGAUAGGAAGCUGCUGCAAACAUGUGAAGCAAUUCAAAUUUCUGCUGAAUUUUUUCAACAAAGUUGCGUUCCAGAGCUAUCAAGAUUCCAGAAUAUAAAAGGCAGGCUCAUCCUUGAAUCCCAGAAUGAAGGGCAUUAGUUUUAGAGAGCUGCGACUUGAACGCCUUUGACGUGUAUCAGGUGGAGCACUCUUGGGUUUUCAUCCAUAUUGUUCAUUUAGAUUGAGUUUGGCAUAUUCUUUCCUGUUUAUAUAUAGUUUAGAGUGAAUUCAUUCCCACAGGUUGUACAUCAGGAGAGCUUCCAGAAUAUCUAGAAAAUAAUGAAAUUUUUGUAAGAGCUAUCAUCGCAAGGUAUCAUAUAUUCUUAUUACUUUUA